UUGGUUCUGUUGGGUCAGACGAUGUAAAGAUGGAGGAUAUUCUAAUGAUGAUAUUUAAAGUCCCUCUUCUUCUUCCUUUCAGGGCUCUGUACACGUACGAGGACGACACCAAUGAUCUGUGUCUGGCAGCUUCAGGAGGAGGCGGUCUGCCAGAGAUCACGCUGACCUUCGACAGCGGGAGGGUGAUGUACGGUUUCUGCAGCCUGAAGGAGCCCAACUCAGCCCUGCCACGAUUCAUCCUCAUCAACUGGGUUGGAGAUGAUGUUCCCGAUGCCAGGAAGUGUGCGUGUGCGAGCCACGUGGCGACCAUCGCUGACUUCCUCCAGGUCAGACCAACCACGGGGGUGGAGGUCAUCGUCAACGCCAGCAGUCUGGAAGACAUCGACCCAUCAGCCAUCGGGCAGCGGCUGACCAACGGGACGGUGGCGGCGGCGAGUCCGGUGCUGAACCGUCUGAAAACCCGAGAGGAAGGACCCGACGUGGGCACGGUGUACGAGAAGACCAACGCAGAGGUGGAGAUGAAGAAGAUCAACAGGGAGGAGUUUUGGGAGCAGGCCAAGCGCGAGGAAGAGAUCCGGAAGGAGGACGAGAAGAAGAAGGCGGCGGAGGAGCGGCAGCGCUACGAGGAGGAGCGGAUGGAGCUGGAGAGGAAAGAGCAGGAGAACCGAGAGAAGAGGUACCGAGAGAGGGAGCAGCAGAUCGAGGAGCACAGGAAGAAGCUUCAGGAGGAGGAAGAAGCCAGAGAGAGGUUGCAGAAUCAGAUCAAGCUCGCUGCAGAGGCGAGCAGCGACGACCUGAACCUGGACAAGAAGGAGUCCGAGGUGGAGGAGGCGAAGGCCAUCAUCGCUCAGCGGUCAGGAAACCCUCGAGAGUUUUUCAAACAGAAAGAGAGAGCGAUGACCUUCAGCUGCGACACCUCGCCCGUCUCCAUCCACAGGAGCGGCCGUUUGGACAGCCCGUUCUUGAGGCAGCAGCACAGUCCCAGCAGCCCCAGUCAGACUCCCCCAACCCGGGGCACGUCACCCGUCCGCACCCAGCCACAUGCACGGACGCAGCCCGCCGCUGCAGCCGGGGGCGAUGACGACGAAGCGAGCACAGACCGAAACAUGGCUGCUGUGUCGCCCAUACCCAAAAUAGUCACCACGCCAAUCAAAGAAGACUUCCGCAGAGACGAGGACGACUGCAGAGACGAGUGGGAUUCGGUGCCAAAGCAGGAUCAGAAACCGCCUGUCCAGGAGUCCACGCCCACCAAACCUGUUCAGAGCGUCGCCCCACAGUCCCGGGACUCGUCCAACUUCUCCGUGUGGGAGUCCGGGACAGACAGCCUGGUCAACCUG